AUGCCUGCAGACGAAGACUAUGGACGAAGACAGAUCCCACAUCAGCAGCAGCAGCAGCAGCAGCAACCAUCAACAAAUCAGCAGCAAAACCAGCAGCAGCAGCAGCAGCAGCAGAGUCAGCAGCAGCAGAAUGCGUCGCCGGUGCCCGUUCAGUGUUCUGCUGGUUGCAUACCUUCACCUGCAGACCAUCGUCGUCUCGCGGCGGAAAGGUACGACGAUCGGUUCGCGUCGGAGCGCUUCGGCUCCGAGCGCAGCAGCUCGGAGCGGCUGCCGUCGGGCGAGAGGUACCAAUACAAUGAAAGGAUCAGCUGCCCCAGGUACCCGGAGCGCUGCACCCCGGUGCAAAACGUCGGCAGCCUCGACAGGUACCACCACGGAGGGGGCACCCUCGACAGAUACUCGCGCACCAGCACCCCCACCGACCGCUACCACACCCUCACAGCGGAAAAGGACCGCUACAACGAGGACCGCUACACGCCCACCGAACGCAGAAGCAACCCGAAGAUCAGACCGAAGCAGCAGCAGCAGCAGCAGUACCAGUACGACCGCUUCCCGCCCAUACCUUGCCCAGAGCGCUUCGCGACCCAACCCGAGCGCAUCCAGUACGCGCAGCAGGUGCAGUACCUGGAACCCCCCUCUCCCGCGCCGGCCAGCGACAGGUUCAUCCCCCCUCCGCCGCUGUCCCCCGAAAACACCCCCAGUCCCGACUGCUACGUCAACAACGCCUUCCCCUCGCCCACCACCGCCCUCCCCGAGAGGUUCAUACCGCCCCCGCCUCUGUCUCCCUCGCCCACCGAGAAGCUACCUCAGCAGAGGUACCACAUAGACAGGAAGUACUACAACCCUUACAGCGCUGGGGAGCGCUACAUACCGCCCAACGCGCACACGCCCGUCGAGAGGUACGUCCCGCAACCCCAGGAGUACUACCAGCAGUACCAACACGACCGCUACAAGUACAACCCCUCUUCCAGCGACCCCUACAUGAGGAGAGACCUGGCGUUCCACUACAGACUCCCCUUGCCGUACAACCCGACCCAGUACCAGCGCUUGCGGUACGUGGGCACGCCCAACCGCCAAGUAAAGUGCUGCGGGUACCAGGAAGGGUACCAGCUCUCAAAAUCCAGCCCAGGCUCGUCAUCCUCCAGCUCCGUGACGAGCCAGAAAGAAUCCCAGUGCCAAAUAGCGACCCACCAGGAGGAGAAGUCCACGCAGUGCGUCAUAGUGUCGCCGAGUAUGCGCAAGACGUGCAGACACGGCGUCUGCUCGUCGCCCAGCGUGGAGUACGUGGGCGGGGCGGGCGGGCGCCACGUGUGCGCCACGCCGCCGCCCGUCGGCGCCCAGUGCGACCAGCAGUGCUGCCAACAGGCGGCCAGGAGGCCGCAAGCCACCCUUCAACUGUGGCGCGCAUCACCACAGCCCACUCAGCAACCUCAGCAAAUCAUAGAACAACGCCAAACACCGACCCCACAACCUCAGCUAAAUAGAUCAUCAACCCCUGUCAGUUAUGAGCCUCAAGAGCAACAAGUUCCGCAAAGAGCGGAGAUGCCCGAGAACAAGCCUUCAACACCUCCAGCUGCAAAACAACCGAUUCAAACACAAACCACCCCUCCUCAGGGCAGGCCCCAACAAAGCCAUCAAAGGGCCGUUUCCAUGCCUGAUGCGCCCACUCCUGAGCGCACAAGACCCCAGCAAAGGAUACAGUACUCGCAAAGCGAGAGGGCGCCAAACAGACAGAGACCACCAUUGAACAGAUCGAUGAGCAAAAAGGAGAUCAUCAAAAAUUACAUCAGAAAAGAGACGGCCAAUUUCUUCGGCGUGGACGAGGAGCACGAAGAAGAGCAGCAGUCCAGAUGGCUGGAUCGGAGAAAAAGGAUGGCAUGCAGGACCCUUGGACCUCUCAAAGACGAAUUUAGAAACAAUAUGAACGAUAGGACGCAUAGGCGCACCAUUUCCGAUAGAGUAACGUCGGAAAGAAUCUCGGGACAAUUGGUGGCCGAAAGACCCGACGUUUUGCCCGGACCAAGCGACGCCACUGACGGCUUCGAUCGACAUGCUACAGGGUUGAGAAGAAAAGACUCUGUGGCCAGAAUGACGUUGGAUGGACUCUCCUAUGUUGUUACGACUCUGACAAGAAACAGACCACGGCCGAGAUCGCAGCAGCAGCAGUGGUCCAGAAGCUUUCCUCCGGACUCCCCGCCAGUCAGCCCGCCUUCCUCGCCGGAAGAGCAGAGCUUCUUCGACAACAACUCGAUACCGAUGGCGCCGAGAAGUCCGGAACUGGAGGACGCUGUCGACAGGGGGCGCGGCGAAGCUGGGCCGAUGCAACCUUACCGAUCUCCGUCGGAAAGCAGGUUCAGCAGGCCCACUUCCGGCGGGUGGAGGCGCGACACGAACCAGGAAGUGGUGCUGAGGCACGGAGACAACAGAACCAGCGUCGGAGGCACACGGAUAUACUCCAGCAUGUUGGAUCAUGUGCUGGAUAACUCGGAUAGGCGGCAGUAUGGAAUGGGAUGGGUCGGAAGGAUGUUUGGGCGUUCUAUGCGCAGAUCCGUCGCCGCAGACAGAAAAAUUCAGGAACAACUCGACGAUUUGGAAGAUCACCGGCCGAUGUUCACGUAUUGGGUGACCACGGUGCAAGUGCUCGUGCUUCUGAUCUCCAUCAUUUGUUACGGCAUCGGGCCGUUCGGAGUGAACCUGCAGUCCCGCUCGGGGCAAAUCUUGGUCACCAGCUUGUCCUUGCAGCAAGUGGACUUCAUGGAGCCGGCGAACUUCUGGGUGGGCCCCAGGGCGGCCGACUUGAUACAUCUGGGCGCCAAGUUCGCGCCCUGCAUGCGGGUGGACGACAAAGUUUCGCAGCAAAUCGACAAAAUACGAGCCAAAGAACGGGAAACUGCGUGCUGCAUUAGAAAUGACGAUUCUGGGUGCGUCCAGUCUACGCAAUCCGAUUGUUCGGUGAGAGGAUUGAGGCCUACGAAAACGAUAUCGACAUUCAAGAAGUGGACGGCUGGUGAAGCCGGACCUGGCGGCAGGAUAUCGGGCUCUGUAUGCGGCCUCGACCCCAAAUUUUGUGACGCCCCUGCCAGUGUCCACCCCUACGAAUGGCCGGACGACAUCACCAAGUGGCCGAUAUGCAGGAAAACAAACACCCAGUUUUCGACACAAAAGAAGGCACCGAGAGACAAACUCGCGGAGCACAUGGUCUGCGAGAUAAUCGGACAUCCCUGUUGCAUCGGAAUACACGGUCAAUGUAAAAUCACCACGAAAGAAUACUGCGACUUCGUUAUGGGAACUUUCCAUGAAGAAGCCUCCCUCUGCUCACAGGUUUCCUGCCUGAACGACGUGUGCGGGAUGCUGCCUUUCUACUUUCCGGACGUGCCGGAUCAAUUUUACCGGCUGUGGACCUCUCUGUUCCUGCACGCCGGAAUUUUGCAGCUGGUCAUCACGGUUUUGCUGCAGGUUUUCUUGAUGCGCGAUUUGGAGAAAUUGACCGGAAGUCUGCGUAUCGGCAUCGUUUACAUCGGGUCCGGAGUGGCCGGCAACCUUGCCUCCGCCAUUUUCGUUCCCUACAGAGCUGAUGUGGGUCCAGCUGGUUCCCAGUUCGGCCUGCUGGCCUGUCUGAUAGUGGAGGUGCUGAACGCGUGGCCCAUGCUGAAGAAGCCGCGCCAAGCGCUGAUGAAGCUGCUCAGCCUGACGGCCUUUCUGUUUUUGUUGGGUUUGCUACCCUGGGUCGACAACUACGCGCACCUCUUCGGCUUCAUAUUCGGGUUUCUGCUGUCUUACGCGCUGUUGCCGUUCAUAUCGUUCGGGCGCUACGACAGGCAGAAAAAGGUGUUCCUGAUCUGGGUGUGCCUGCUGUCGGCGGGAAUCCUGUUUAUCACGUUGGUGUUGCUGUUCUACAUCAUACCGGUUUAUGAUUGUAAAGUAUGUUCGUAUUUUAAUUGCAUCCCGUUUACCAGGGAUUUUUGCGCCAGUCAGAAUAUAAAUUUCAAGAGGGAGGAGCCAGUGGUAUGACAAAAAUGAUGGCGGUUCGAAACCGGGCCCUACUUUAUUUACCAGCAAAAUGAAAAAGUGUUUUAUAGUUUUGUGAUACUGCAAAGUACUAUUAUUAAAACAAAAAACCGAAACAGUGUGUUUUAAACAUAAUAUAUUACUUAAAAAUCAUGUGAUAAAAACAUUAUAUAUCUGACUAUCUAUAUUAUUUAUUAAUUAUUAAGUAUUGUGCAAUGAAAUAUGUUAAUUUG